UUCAGAUCUUCUCCUCUCGCUUGCCCAGCUUGGCACCGCCCGUCCGCGCUGCCCCGAUCCGCGAGCUCCCGCUGCUCCUUCCUCUCUCUCUCUCUCUUUUCUGUGGAUUCCCCAAAAGCCACAGCACCUUGGAGCGUGAUCCACCAUGGGGGACGUGGUUUCCAGUCACCUGGAUGAAGCCAAACGGGAGAUGAUCACAGCUCGAACCGCGGAGGUGAUGGGGGAAUUCGGGCGGCUGUACGAGCGGCACUACUCACUGGCUCUCUUCAACAAAGUGCGCUUUGACAUAGAAGGAGGAGGCGGUCCGCAGCCGCAGCUGCUGCACCGAAAGGUUCCUCUGGAGAACAAGUCCAUCUUCUCCGGCACCCUCUUCCAGUUCCUAGAGGAGAACAAGAAGUUGAGGAACCGCUUCGUCUUCAUCCCGGACUCCUACAACAUCAACUACUAUGAAAACAAAUCGGCCCAUGACAGAAACCUCCAACCCAAAGGAACCAUCAACUGUGCUGGCUACAAAGUGCUGACGUCUGUUGAUCAAUACGUGGAUCUGAUCAGCAGCACCUUACCUGGUUUGAAAGCCAAAGGGGGAAGCUCUCCCUUUCAGAAGGUGGUCGUCCCCCACCCUCUGAUCCUGUGGCACCCGUUCGCCCGGCACUACUUCUUCGCCCUGUCGUCGGAGAAGGAGCAGCAGAAAUGGCAGGCCGUCCUCCAGGACUGCGUCAGACACGCCAACGACGGUUUGUCAGAGGACCACAAAGUGCAGACGCCUGCCUUCACAGAUGCUGUACGACUCUAUCGCCAAGCUCAAGGGCACUACGGCACCUGGGAGAUGAUGUGCGGUGUGCCAUCGCAGAUCCUGUCCAACCUGGUGAUGGAGAGCCUCCUGCCGGAGCUGAGAGAUCUCAUAUCCCCUCGACUCAAAGGCAAACUGCGUGACCGACAGAGGAACUGGAUGCUGAUUAGCGAUGCGGUGUACAGCCUGGUGCACGGGCAGUGCCAGGAUCAGUAUGAGGCGGUGCUGCAGCGGUGCGAGGCGGCUCGCUCGUCCCUGGAGGCGUCCAUACGGAAGGACAUGGACCAGAUCAUCACCUCCAAGGAACACGUCACCAACAAGAUCCGAGCGGUGGUCCUCCCCAAGGCGGAGAAGCUGCUGAAGGUGAGCAUCCAGCCGUACAUCGGCUCCAUCCUGGAGGCACUAAUGGAGCCCACCAGCCGAGGCUUCUUCGAGGUCCGCGACGUCUUCUUUAGAGAGCUGGUGGACAUGAGCAAGAACACCAUCAACGAGGGCACCAAGGAGACCGUGGCGCAGCACAUGGAGAAGAUCUCCAUGCUGGCCUUCCACCCGGUGAAGAUGCAGAGCUGCUACGAGAAGGUGGAGCAGCUGAGUCUGGAGGGUCUGCAGCAGAGGUUUGACGUCUGCAGCCCCUCGGUGUUUGUCCAGAGGGCCCAGAUCCUUAUGAGAGAGCAAAUGGACGAUGCGGUGUACACGUUCGAGCAGAUCCUUCACCAGAGUCUGGACUCUCAGGGAUCUGAAGAUCUGUGUAAAACCAUCCAGCGCUGCCAAGACCGAGUCAUCAAGAAAUUCGACUACGACAGCAGCACGGUGAGGAAGCGUUUCUUCCGGGAAGCUCUGCUGCAGAUCUUCAUCCCAUACAUGUUGAAGCAGCUCAGUCCGUCCUGCGCCUCGGAGCUUCCACGUUUCCGGGAGCUGAUCUUCGAGGACUUCUCGCGCUUCAUCCUGGUGGAGAGCAUCUUUGAGGAGGUGGUGCUGCACUCGGUGAUGAAGGACAUCAUGAUGGCUGUGAAGGAGGCGGCCAUCCAGCGGAAACACAACCUGUACAGAGACAGCAUCGUGCUCGGCAACAGCGACCCCAGCCUGCAGCUGCUGGGGGAAAACCCCUCCAUCGACUGGGCCGGGGAGUACGGAGGAGCUGCGGAGGACGGCGAGGACGAAGAGUCCCAGAAGAAGAGGAGGAUGAAGCAGGUGGUGUCCAUGAUCCAGGUGGAGGACGCCACCGUCCUGCCCGCCGAGUCCUGCAUGGAAGUUCCUGGUGUCGACGACAUCCAGGAGGAGGAAGAGGAGGAGGAGGACGAUGAUGAAGCUUCUGGAGGUCCUGAAGCGGCACCGGCGCCACUUGUAGGCAUGUCCAAUGGUUCUGUAGUGAAGGAAGAACCCAAACCGCAGGAGAACGUUCAGGAACAAGUCGUCGUAGACGGACCGGUGAAGUUGGAGGGGAAGCAUGACAAGGACAACCACCAGGUGGCGGUGGAGAAGGAGACGGACAGCCAGCAGGUGAGGGACAAGGCAGACACAAAGGUGGAGGACAGCCAGCAGGUGGAGCCAGAGACAAAGGUGGAGGACAGCCAGCAGGUGGAGGACCAGCCACUUUCCAACCAGGAGGAGCCCUCAGAGGAGGUGCUGCCGCCACCACCUCCUCCUGAGGAGCCCAUUUCAGAUGAAAUUACAGAACCAGCCUCAGAAGCAACGAAUGACCUCCCUCCACCUCCACACCAAGACGGCAGCUUCCAGCCUUCCUCCGCUGAGGCAGUGGAAGUCCAGCCGGAGGUGGAGGAGGUGGUGAAGAAAGAGGUCCAGCCUGAGGUGGAGGAGGAGGUGAAGAAAGAGGUCCAGCCUGAGGUGGAGGAGGAGGUGAAGAAAGAGGUCCAGCCUGAGGUGGAGGAGGAGGUGAAGAAAGAGGUCCAGCCUGAGGUGGAGGAGGAGGUGAAGAAAGAGGUCCAGCCUGAGGUGGAGGAGGAGGUGAAGAAAGAGGUCCAGCCUGAGGUGGAGGAGGAGGUGAAGAAAGAGGUCCAGCCGGAGGUGGAGGAGGAGGUAAAGAAAGAGGUCCAGCCGGAGGUGGAGGAGGAGGUGAAGAAAGAGGUCCAGCCGGAGGUGGAGGAGGAGGUAAAGAAAGAGGUCCAGCAGCAGCAGCAGCAGCCUCCACCCUCGGCCUCCUCACAGCCUUCAGAGGAGCAGGUGGUGUUGAAUGUAGCAGCGGAGCCAAAAAUGAGUGACUCAGAGAUCCAAGACCAAUGAAGACGAUUUGACUGACCCUGUUCUGAAUUUUCUUCUCCUUUUUUUUUUUUUUUUUACAUUAAAAGACACCUGAAAUCAUCUUAAUUCCACCAGCUGUCAUUUUCCUCAGCUGCUCUUCUGCGCCCCCCCUCAACCACCACCACCACCACCAUCACCACAGAUAUUUAAAACUCCCACCUCUCCUUCCCCUCAGGUUCACAUGGUUUCUUCUUGCACCUCUUCCAUCCCAGUGGUCUCCUGAUGAGACACUUCAAUGUCCUGUAACCAAGUCCUGUAAAUAUACUGGUUGAUCACCCCACCCCCCUACCUACCACCACCACAGACGACCUCUGGAUCGGGACAUUCCAGGACACAUCAACAGACUUUUCUCUCUGUAACGCUGGCCUUUUCUUUUACCGUGAGUGCAGAUUGGAAACACAAUGUGACUUAACAUGUAUCGUGUCAGGAUCUGGAUAUGACCCCGUCCGUCCAAAAGUAAGUCUGGAAGUCUAGACUCGGAGCAGAAAAAAAAAGGAAGGCAAAUUUCGUUAGUUGGUUAGAUUUGUACAUGUAUGUUUUGGUUUUGAUAGCCUCUGUGCUGACGGGCAGGCUCUCUCCAGCCUGGCCUUGUGCCUUUGAGCCUGCACUGUGCCUUCAAGACACUAAGUAGCACUGGAAUACGUGCACAGGAAACUUUAUGUUGGGUGUGUUACAGUUUGUGUGGUUACCUUGAAGGGUGUGUAAACGUCUCUCCUCACCUCCACUUCAAUCUCAAUGAUUCCAGUUGGGCUUUCAGUCAUACAGCCUUCCUCACGCCGAGUAGCACUUUGUUCAUCUUCACUCCAAAGAUGUGUGUAAAUAUCAAUCUGGGCAUUCGCUACUUGGUGUGUAUGUUGAGAUAUUGAGGCGUGUGAGUCUUCAAAGAACUGCAACUCAAACAGAUGAUCUCAAUAAGCUGUCUUUACAAGUGCAGAGGUUCUUCCCAGGUUCCAAGCUUUUUUGCUCUCUUAACUGGCCAGCUCACUUUUAUCAGAACAUAUGUCUUUGGGUCUUCAACAUUUGUGAGCUUUAUUAUUUUUCCAAGUAAACAGCUAAGACUGAGUGUCUUCAAGUCAAGACAGAGGGCAGAGACAGCCUGGCUGGUGUUCAACAGAUUUUGACUUACGAAAUUUUACCCAUGCUGCAGGUGGUGGUCCUCAUGAGUUCAAACCUUAGAGGAAGUGCACAGGACCUGGACACCUGCCAGUAAAGACUGGGGGCAAAUGGAACCCAAUGAUACAAUGAAAAAUCUGCCACAGCAGGACAGGCUCAUGUGAAGUGGGAAGUAUUUAUUCAUGUACACACAUCUAAUUACACUUUACACGUGACUCUAAGUCUUUCUGUAACAAUGUCACACAUGCUAGCUUCUUUUGUUUUUGUCUUUUUCAUUCUCCAGAGGCAUGUAAUCUCCAGUUUGUCUUUAAACUCCAGAAUCUUCGACCAGAUGUGACAAACUUAACCUUAAAUAUUCAACAGAAAUCAAUAUCCGAUUACUUAAAUUUUCUGCAAGACAUCGCAACACUUGACAAUUUCUUUUUGUUUUAGUGGGAACAACACAAUUUCUUUUGUUUGUUCACCACGGACAAAGAAAGCUUGUGUAUGAAGUAUGACACCAUCAUUCAGAGCCGUGAACUGCCAAGCUGUCAUUUACCAUUUUUAUACCAUUUCACUUAAUCUGAUUGGAAAUCCUCACUUCAUGUUUUAUUUAUUAUCUCUUUCUCUCUCUAUUUUUAGAUUUAUUUUACAUGAGUGUUAUAAAUGACUGUUAUUGUUAAUAAAUAUCGAUUGAAUCUGA